AUGGCUGCCGAGCACAAAAACGACGAGGUGGAGUACAAUUCGUCGUCGGACGAGGACUACGACCCGGAAAAAGACACGGAAAUCGAUCCGCAAGACGAAGUAAGCGUUCCCCGUUACCGCGCAUUCAUCGCCCAUUCUCCCGAGCAGAUCGAUGACGUCGAGGGCGGCGAAGAGGAGCCGGAGGACGUGGAAGAGCUGAAAAAGGAGGCGAAACAGGCGAAAAACGAGGAAAAAUCGGAGAAAAGUGCGGAAGACGUGGAUGUCGAUGCUCUUUUCGCCGAGCUCACCGGCCUGGAUCCGACGACUGUGAGCUCUGGAGCCGUGGAAAAGAAAGAGGAGAAAGUGUACCCGAAAACCACAACGUAAACAUACCUUCUAAUUUGUUUUUCAAAUUUUUAAAUAAUUUUUUCCAGAUCGGAACCAUCAUCCUCGGCCAAAAUUUACCCAGAAAAGUGAGAAAAAUGUCGUAAAAAUCAGAUUUUUCAACUAAAAAUUGUUCUAGACCUGUGGCCAGUGAGAGUAGUGAAGAAACUGGUGAGAAAAGCGAAAAAGUGCCAAAUACGGGGCCAAGAAAGCGUGUAGGCCUUCUGGAUGCGGUGAAAUCGAUGAAAAAGUCGAAGACGUCAGUGCUGGAGAAGUCGGAUCAUGAUUGGCGGAAUUUCAAGACUGAACAGAAUAUCAAGGUAUUCUUGCGAAAAUUUUCUGUUCUCAACCCACUUUACCGUACUUUAUUGAAGGGGGGCUAUUAUUGAAAAAAAUUAUCUAAAUGUUGGCCGUGGCAAUUUUAUUCAAGAUUAAUUUUAAAAAACCAAACAACUAUUCGUUUAAUUUUUUUUUAGGAAGAUCUCGAAUCUCACAAUCGCGGAAAAGGUGGAUAUCUCAAUAAAAUGGAUUUCCUGAAUCGAACCGACAAUCGGCAAUUUGAAAAGGAGAAGGCGUUCCGUGCGACGGCCCGAAAGGACAAUGGAAUCUAA